AUGGAUUUGGGUAACGAAUCCGUGGAAGAGAACGAAGUGAAUAAUGAUGGGAACGGAAACGGUGGUUCCUAUGGUAACGAGAAGAUUGGGUUGGGAUUCGAGGGAAAUUCGGAUGUCAACGGGUCGGAUCAAAAGGGAACGACUGGUGAAGUUGAAGUGGAUAGUGGGGAAGGUGUGAAUGACAAGGGGACGCCGACAAAGGGGUUUGGGUUGAAGAAAUGGAAGAGAAUUAGGAGGAAUGUUGUUAAGGAUCCGAAUUCAAGUGCUGAUUCGGGUAAAGUGUUGAAGAGGGGGUUGUCUGGCAAUGUCAACUUGAGGGAAAACCAGCCUUUUCAGCGUGAUGUUAAGGAGAGAAGCGAUGGAUCUUCCAAUAUGCUUGCGAAUGUAGUGUUUUCUGACGGCAAUGUGAUCCAUGGUUCUAGUUCGGAUUCUAGAUAUGCACUUGGAUCUGGUUUUGCUGUUGGAACUGAUUCUGAGAAUAGCGAGGAUCGGAGCAGCAAGUCUUCUACUGCGGCUAGUGAGCCCAAGUUGAGGCAAGAGAAAAGCCGUAGUAAGAAUGUGACUUCAAAGCAUUUAGCAAACUCGGCUCAACGAGUUCAACAGGGGAAGGGAAGGACUGAAGGUAGUAAGAAACCAGGAGGAGGUGGAAGAGUCAAAAUUGAGAAGGAAAAUUCUUUCUCUAGUUUGGAAUCUGAUUCUAGAAGCUCCAACUUUAAGCAAGGUGUUUUUUCGGUUACUAGUAAUGGAAAACAUAGUGGUAGGCCAAAUGUUUACGAUGGAGUUAAUAGAGGUGAAGCACACGCUAAUGAACAUUUCACCGAGGGAGUUGAAGCUGGUUAUGGCAACGAAAACGUUGUUGAGGAUGAAGAUCUUCUACCAGAGAAUUUAGCUACAAAUUUGUCGUGGGAUGUUACAGAAGAAAAAAGUGUGAACAACCAAUCAUCAGCCAUUGAAGAUCCAUUGAUCAAAUCAGUUUGUAGCCUUCAGGCUGUCCAGGAGGCACUUCAAGAAGCACUGUGCUGGGUGAUAAAUAGAUGGAAAACAGAAAAUGAGCCUGUUGGAAAACCAGCAAUUUUCUCUAUGUCAGGGAUUUCUUUGACUAAAUGUCUGUAUGUGCUGGCUUUGACUUUUCCCCAGUGGCUUGGCUGUCUUAUGGUUAAGUGUCUUGAUUUUGAGCCUAUCAUAGUUAAACUCCAGAAAUUUAGGGAGAUUGGGAUUGAAGCCAUUUCACCAGAUGAUGAUCACUCUGCCAAGUGUAGCAGUGAGUCUGCUGGUCCUACUGUUGAUCUUGGACUUAAUAAGUCAAGCCAAUCUGAUCAGUCUGGUGCUGAAGAAGAAGAAAUUAAACAAACUGCUUUGAGUUCCUCAUAUCCUCAGAUAUCGAGCCUGACACAAAAUAUAAAUAUUUUGGAAAGGAAGUUGGAGGAAUUACAGGGUGUGCUUGCUCUGAAGGACUCCAGGAUUGCUGAACUUGAAAAAUCCUUGAGUAGUCUUAAGAUUUCUAGGGAAGAAUCUUCUAGAACGUUAGGUUUGUCGGAUGAAAAAUGCAAAGGGGUUGAAUAUGAUCUCGAGGGCCUUUUUAGGCUGAAGAUCGAAGCUGAGGUUGAAUACCUAGCCGUCUCAAAGGUGAUGCAGACAUUGUUUGAAGAACAAGAGAAACUUUCUGAAAGUCAAGUGCAGGUUCUUGACAAACUUGUAGAUGCAGAGAGUAAAGUUUCAGUGCUGAAGAACAAAGCAGAGGAAUUGGAAAAAUAUUGUGAUGAUAGCGUAGUAGUUGAGGAGUCUCUUGUGCUGCAGAGAAGACUAUGUAAGGAUACAUUUUAUCUUUUCAUACAGUCCAUGUUUUUAGUUUUCAUCUUUUGGCUUUUUAUGUCACAGUCAUCACCCAAUUCUGGGAUGGUUGUACCCACUUAG